UUCUCUUUAUCUCUCUCCUCACUCCACUCUCCCCAUUUCAUUAUCUGCUAUCUCUCACUCCUCUCAAUUCCAGAGUCUCUUUUCUGAUUUAUGCCCAAUAGCAGCGAGCGAGUCUUGCUCGGGCGUUCGCUCUCUGCGGUUCAUUUGCAGACAGACUGAAAGAGUGGGGGCUUAUUAUCUACUAUUCCUACUGCAGGAUUGUCUGCAUAUACGCCCUCUUAAUUCCUUUUUAUGGUUUCAUAUUUUCCUAUAUCACACUUUGUUAUGGAAAAACUUACUGUGAAUCUGGCAAAUUGAGCGAGACAGUGGUUGGGUUUCCCGAAUAAGAAGAAGAAGAAGAAGAUGGAAAUGAAAAGGAAAACGCCGUCACAACUUCAAUCCCUUGAACAGCUGUACGCAGAGAAUAAGUAUCCUACAAAAGAGGUAAUGGAAGACCAUGCCUCUUCUUUGGGAUUGACAUACAAGCAGGUCCGGGGGUGGUUUGUUGAGAAGAGGAGGAGGGAUAAAAGAGAAAAUGGAAUUAUUGUGCCAUCACAUUCGACUUGGAGUAAGAAACGUCCGAUUCUUACUAGAAGGAAUGGAUCGGGCAUUAUAGCUGCUAGAAAGGUACUUACAGGAGAUCCCUCGAUGCGUUACCCCAAGACUCAUUCGUCUUCAAUAUCCAAGCGCCCAUCUAUGGCCGAUAACCGGAAUGGUAAGAGAAAGAAAAAACUAUUUCUUCUUCAGGAUUUGUUAACUCCUGACCACAUUCUGAAGAAGGUGUUCCGCAAGGAUGGUCCUCCCCUUGGUGUGGAAUUCGACUCUCUUCCAUCUGGGGCAUUUUGCUGUCUUACAGAUGCUAAAAAUUCUCAUUCAUGUUGUGAAGACAACCAAAGAGCAGACAAAAGAAGAAAGGUUUCCGAGCAUGCCAUCUUAAGUCAUCAGGUUUCACACAAAAAGAGUGCUCCGGUGAAGAAACAUGGUAUUGGGAAAGGUUUGAUGACAGUUUGGCGGGCUACUAAUCCUGAUGGUGGAGAUUUCCCUACUGGUGCCGAUUUUGGUGGCAAGGAAGUAGCUUGUUUAUCUGUAUCUCUAGUCUCAACUUCUAUAUCACGAAAAAAACCACAACUUCGGGAGAAAAGGCCACGACAACAAGUUACUGUGGCUAAACAGGGAAGGUUUAGAAAUAAAUCACAAGAUAAGAGGAAACAAUCCAUCAGAAGAACAGAGGUGGAAUCUAACAGGGAUGAGCAUCAGAAGCAGCCAGAUAAAGGAAAAUGCGAACUUGCUUUGGAAGGAGAAAUAUCUCAAGAAUACCUUGAUCAGGUUACAAUGCUGGUGGAUGAUGAAGAGCUGGAGAUGCAAGACUUACAAGGACCAAUUCUGCUGAGGUGUUCAGAUCAUUUUACUGCCAAUGGUCUACAUGGUUGUUCACUUUGCAAAGAUCUCCUGGCUAAGUUUCCUCCAAAUUCUGUUAAGAUGAAGCAACCAUUGUGUAUGCAACCUUGGGAUUCUUCUCCAGAGAUUGUCAAGAAAUUAUUUAAGGUUUUCCAUUUCCUUUAUACUUAUGCUGUUGCGGUUGAUAUAUGCCCCUUCACUCUUGAUGAGUUUGCUCAAGCAUUUCACUAUAAGGAUUCAUUGUUACUUGGAAAAAUUCAUGUGGCCCUUCUUAAGCUUCUUAUAUCAGAUGUGGAGACAGAGCUUAAUAGUGGUUUUUCCCCUCGUUUGACAAAAUCUUGCAAUUUUCUUGCAUUACUUCACUCGGUUGAAAAUCAAAAAGUUGUUUUGGAGUUCUGGAAGAUUUCCUUAAACCCACUAACAUGGACAGAAAUAUUGCGUCAAGUUUUGGUUGCAGCUGGUUUUGGUUCAAAGCAAGGUGCAAUGCGGAGGGAAGCCCUUAGCAAGGAAAUGAACCUCAUGGUGAAGUACGGUCUACGUCCUGGUACUUUGAAGUGUGAAUUGUUUAAAAUUUUGACAGACCGAGGAAAUAAUGGGUUGAAAGUUUCAGAAUUGACAAAGUCAUUGCAGAUUGUUGAAUUGAACCUUGCCAGCACAACAGAGGAACUAGAGUCGUUAAUAUGUUCAACUCUUUCAAGUGACAUCACUUUAUUUGAAAAGAUUUCAUCGGCUGCUUAUCGUCUACGUAUUAACUCUGUUGCAAAGGAAGUUGACGAAUGUCAUUCGGAUACUGAGGACUCUGGAAGCGUUGAUGAUGAUCCUAAUGACAAUGGCCCAUAUAGCAGCAGCGAUGAUUCUGGUUGUGAAUCAGGAAAUUCUAAUAUAAGAAAAGUCAUGGAUCUGAAUUGUUGUAAAAGUCAAAGUAACAUGCCAACUGUAUACAAUGAAAUCGAUGAAAGCCAUCCGGGAGAAGUAUGGUUGUUAGGAUUGAUGGAAGGUGAAUAUUCAGAUUUAAGCCUUGAGGAGAAGUUGAAUGCUUUAGCAGCUCUAACUGAUCUUCUUCAUGCAGGAUCCAGUAUAAGAGUGGAGGAUCCUACACAAACUACUGCUGAUUGUGUUCCUAACAUCCAUCAUUAUGGUUCUGGAGCAAAAUUAAAGAGGUCAUCAGCCAGCCAACAUAGCUUAGCUUGGCCACCCUGGGGCUAUGCUGUACAAACACAUGGUUUAAAAGAAGUAUACUCGUUUUUGAGGUUUCAUCCGGUUGAUUCGUCAGUGUCAAUGGCAAAGUUUUAUGUGAAGGAGAUAUCCUCUGGCAAAGGAGAAAAUGUAAAAGAAAAAGAAGUUGAUUUUGUUUCACAUCCCAUGCAAUCUGUGUUUUUGGGGUCUGAUCGUAGGUACAAUAGAUACUGGCUUUUCUUGGGCCCUUGCAAUGCAUAUGAUCCCGGCCAUAAUAGGGUCUAUUUUGAAUCUUCUGAAGAUGGUCACUGGGAAGUGAUUGACACUGUAGAGGAUUUCUGCACCUUGUUGUCAGUUUUAGAUGACAGAGGUAAGCGGGAGGCUCUACUCAUUGAAUCUUUGGAGAAGCGGCAAUCAUUUCUCUGCCAAGCAAUGUCAAAUAGAGUGUUAAACAGUGCUGGAACAAGGCAUUUAACACAGUCCAUUCAAUCUGAGCUGGAUAUGGUCAGAGAGGAUAGUUGUUCUCCUGUAUCUGUUGUAGACAAUAACCUAAGCCUGAUUGAGACUGCAGAAGAUUCUUUGCCUUCAUCUGGGGUUGUUCUUGAUGUUGGAACAAAGAGAGAAGAAGAACAAGAAAGAUGGAGCCAUCUACAAGCGUUUGAUUCAUGGAUAUGGAAUUCUUUUUACUCAAAUCUUAAUGCUGUAAAAUAUGGUAAAAAAUCUUAUCUUGAUUCACUUGCUAGAUGUGAAAGUUGUCAUGAUCUGUAUUGGAGAGAUGAGAAGCACUGUAGGAUUUGCCACACCACAUUUGAGCUAGAUUUUGAUUUAGAAGAAAGAUACGCCAUCCAUGCGGCCACAUGUAGGGAGAAAGAAGAUUCUAAUAUCAUGUUCCCACAGUAUAAAGUCUUAUCAUCACAGAUUCAGUCACUUAAAGCUGCAAUUCAUGCAAUUGAGUCCGUUAUGCCUGAAGAAGCCUUGGUGGGUGCUUGGACAAAGUCUGCUCAUAAUCUAUGGGUCAAACGGCUCAGACGAACCUCAUCUUUGUCAGACCUUUUGCAGGUUCUUGCUGAUUUUGUUGGUGCAAUCAAUGAGAACUGGUUAUGUGAAUGCAGUGUUCAGCAAGUUCCCUAUAAUGUAGUUGUAGAGACUAUUGCAUCCUUUGCAUCUAUGCCCCAAACUUCGUCUGCGGCUGCACUUUGGGUGGUGAGAUUGGAUUCCUUAAUUGCUCCCUACUUGGAAAGAGUUCGUUCUGGAAAGAACCAAGAAAUCGGUACCAGAGGUAGGCGUGCUUCAAAGUAAUCAAUCCACUAUUCUUAAAGAGCUUAUGCAAGUAGGAAUUGUAACUGCAUAUUUGAGGCAUUGAGGGACUUUCACAUACUCGUUUUACUCAUUAUCACCCGGAUGUCUAUUGCCUAAUCAGAGAACAGUUACAGAUAUACUGCCUUCGAAUUUUGAGGGCAUCACUGAUGCUUUUUGGGGUCUGAAUGGAAAGGGCUGAUGGCGAUAUCUUUCUUGUACAAAGUACUGCUCUCAACUCGGUUCCUACUUGUAUAGACUGGUAGGAGUGAUUGGAUGUUGUACAGCAUUAGAUUAGCUAUAUUCAGGAAAGUUCAAAAGUUUUUGGUUGGUAACUAUUAUCAUGAGCAUCUUAAUUCUAUACUUAUAUGUAGAACGGAUUUCUGCGGCCUCUUACAAUCUUUGGCAUUGAGGGAAUAAAAUUGCCACUGCCUGCUUUCCAUUCUA